AUGAUCACAGAGGUAUGGAAAAAGUACAAACAUCGACUGCCUGAAAAAUUAUACCUGGAGCACAUACUGCAAAUAGCAGAUUUCCUGUUUGGAUUCAAGUUAUACCAGCCGGCUCUGUGGCAAGGCUACAGUUUCUACCUGUCACAUUUUAGCUCGGUGGAAAUAAUCAACAUCAAAGAUGUGGACCACUUUAUAUCCAGCUUCUUCCCCGAGGGCUUUGACUCAGACCAAGAUAUCAUUGCCAUGAAGGUCCGUGCAAUGCUUGGCUGUGCCCUGUGUACGUUUGAGGAGGAGAAAAAGCAUAGCGUUCUCAGCCAGAGGGGACUCGUUAAAUUGCUGUGUGUGUUGGAUUUUAUAAGAAUCAUGAUGCAGGCCUUUCAGCAACAUGACCACUUGUCCUGGCAUAUAUAUGAAGAACGUUUGCUGAUGGGCCUGUUCGACUGCAGUGCAGGACAGUUCUUGGGCAUUUUGGAGGCACUGUGGGACAGCAACAGACGCCCUCUACAAAUGAGGAUGCCAGAAGACACAGAUCUGCACGAGGUGGUCCUGGAACUCCUGUCUGCUGGCAUCAACAUACUAUCUGGAGCAACAAGAACUGGCGAGCAACGCUGUGAUGACAACCAAUGUAUCUCUCCUAUUGUGCUGACACCAGCAUCAACCCUGAUAGAUUUAGCAAUUGCAGGUGAAAACAAGAUAUCCAUCCUGUGUGCUGUGAGGUUCAUCAAACUGUUGUUUCAGUAUAAGCAGCAGGAUGCAUUCAAUGAGCUUACCAAAGAGAUGCUGAAUUUUCUGCCUGCAUCACGUGAACUUGGGAGACAUCAGAUGGCUGCUGGAGUGAUGGACUGUGGUCGCAGGCUGCUUCAGGAGGUGUACGAUGCCCAGCUGCAGAUCAACAAGCUCCUAAACCAAACUCAGACUCGUAAGAUCGUUCGUCAUGGUACUGUCCCUCAUCAUAUAAGCCUACAGCUGAACGCUCUGAAUAGGAAAAAUAACCAAGAAAGAUCUUCAGAGAUCUCUCUCAACGCAGACAAUGACAUGCGUAUGGCGGAGCACCUACUGAAUGCAAUGGCGUCUGUGGUGCAACGCCACAAAAAACAUCUUCAGCUGAGGAGCAUUUGUUCUCAGGAAAGUGUUUGGAGAACUCACCUCAACUAUUGCAUGGCCCAGGCAUAUCUAGCACUACUUUAUCAGGAGCUAGAGCAGCUGCACAGAGGAAACCAGCAGCACAGGUACAGCAAGUUUAAUUCGCUGAGCUUCUCUUUGGCAUACUCUGGUAUCCUGGUGAAGAGGGAUUCACAACGGGUGCACCCUCCUGAUAUUGAUGAUGUGUCAGAGAAGGCCUCCUCUCACUCUGCUUAUUUGAUGACUCCAAACACAGACAGAAAGAAAAAGGGUGAUGACUCAGCCACUGAGAAUGGUGAUGAGGUGGAAUACUCUUUUGAAAAUGUGGAUCAGCAGAUGGAGACGCGGAGAUGCAACUCUUCUCCGCUGCUAGAGUUACUGAACAAAGCUGCUUUACAUCUUCAAAGAGCGAUGACUCUGUGGGACCAAGCCAGCCGCAUCACUCUCUUGGUGCAGACAGCUGCUCAGUUUGAAACACCUUCCCCUGUCACAGCACACCAGCUGCACACCAUCUUCACCCCUUUGCUGGUGCUGGCGACUGAUCUGAUCAUGGACAUGCUUAACAAACUACAGCUUUGGAGUUUGUACGAUCAUGACAUGACUGAAGAGGAACUGGAGUCAAGUCUUCACUUUUCGCCUUUCCUGGAUGACAACACACAGGUGGACCUGCGCUGGGUUCGCACCUUGGUUUUGCACACUCUGGAACGGCUCCAUGAAACCAGCAAAUGGGAGAGCCUGGCCCAUUAUGCUUUACUUUUCAACUCAUACACACGGGAACGAUAUGCCGUGAUCAUAGUUCCUUUGCUGGUCCAUGCUCAGAGGAGGUUGCUUGAAAGAAUUAUUUAUCUUGGAGGACCUACAGUGCCACAACCACACCAUGUCAAGACACAGAGAGUCACAGGCAAAGAGAUAACUUAUAGAAGCUAUGCAAGCUGCCAGCUGCUCUGUGGGUGGGCCCCUAACCCUGCACAGCAACAGUCCAAGCACAAAAGAGCAGCACGUACAAUCUCCACUCCUGGAGAUGCAGCUUUACUACAAGGCCUGGUGACGCAGUUCCGUCUGAGCAGAGGCCUCAGCUGUUCAGCAAGCCAGGUGAAGUUCAGUCCAGCUACUAUACCCACCCCAAACAUCCAGCCUUGUGACCUGAAUGAGGAGGACUUUAUCUCUCCAAAUGCAAUCUAUAGCCUCCCUAUCAGCUCUGACCACAUAUCAACUGUUACAGCUGCGUACUCCAAUUCAGUCAAGUACCUUCAGGCUAACGGUCAAGACUCCCUCAGAGUUCUGACUCUACAUGAACUGGGAAACCUACAAUUCUACACUGGAAACACACGAGCAGCGAACUCAUGCUGGAGUAAAGCCAUAGAUUGCAUCUUCCAGAUUUCAGGUGUAGUAGAGAGAUGGGACGGCAUGUCCUUUGUAUGUGGCUCCCUGCAAGAAACCAUAAAACAGGCUGGACUUUGGGGAUGUCUACAGGCUGCAGUGCUCACAGCUAAGAUAGCACAGUUUAUCCUAACGUCUGAUAUCACCCAGCGAACAAAGUACUCUCUGCUCUCGGCUUACCUCUUUAAGUGUGUGCUGUGUUGCUCAGUGGCUCAGCCCCAAGCCGACCUGCAGUAUGCCUCCCACAGCAUCAGUGAUGAACUGUUUCCUGGAGUUGACCUUUUCUCUGAGCCCCACAGGGUCCACCUCGGCACCACUGUAGCAAGCCUUCAUUUCAUUUGUAACUGGCUAUUCAACACAGGCUACUACAUCACGCUUCUGCCCGUACUGGCCCUUUACCUACAUUUUGUGGGGCAUGUAUGCCGAGAUGUAAAACGCACCAUUGAAGGCAAAAUUCUUAAGGUCCGCGCCCUGACAGAACUAUGCUUGUUUGCUGAAGCUCUGAUGGAGGCAGUUCAGCUUACACAAGGAGUAGGUGUCUUCCUGCCCUAUGGACACUACGGCGCCAAUUUAAAUCUUCAAGUAUUGUAUGCUCUCAUUACACAGCCCACGAAGACAUUCUACAGCAACAAGCCUCUUCUGGACAAUUUGGAGGCUUUGGAAGACCUUGUGAAGUGUGACUUUACUCCGGUGGUCUGCGCAUUGUGUGGACCCACACUGUGUGCCAGAUUUAACCUGGCUCGUAUUCAGCUUGUCCUAGCACUCUCAAACUCUGUACAUGGAUGUCCAGUCCCAGAUUCUGAAAGAGCCUUGGGUAAGAUACCAAACAGAUUGAUGAACUCAGAGCUCCACGAUCAGGACAGAUUGGAAACAGACAACUCCUAUGUGAAAAGAGAGGAAACAAACAUCUUCACUCUUUAUAGUGAGAAGGACAACCUCUCUCCAGAAAAGAUAAAGUUUGUGCUACUGGAAGCAGCUAGCUCUUUGUUAUGCUCCGUAACACAGCAGCUGACCUGUCAUUCAUGUUGUGAAGUAGAGAACCUGGAACUGACAAUAGAAACAAACCUUCUUAAAGCAAACCUGUUUCUACAGCAAGGGCAGGUUGGAUUAAGCUCUGAAACUGCAGGUUCAUCUCUGGUGCUGCUGCAGACAUCACCUACCAUUCUCAGAGAACCCAAACCUGAGAGUAAGCAGGAUGCUCAAAGGACAGUGAAGACUGCAGUGUCUCCCCAGCAGGGUGACAAUCCCAGAGCUGUUGAAGCCAGAGAAAGAAUAGGAGUUUCUUUGUGGCUACGCUGUUGCUUGGCUCUGAUCCGCAGCCUGGCUGCCAACACCUCUGACACCGUGGCACCUUCCCUAGGAUUGAACACUAAUGAAGACAUAGCUCGGCUGUUACAAGAAGGUCUUGAUGAGUGUGUGCGAUGGGGAGACGAUGAUACUCAAGCCCUGUUGAUGGUUGAAGGGGCCAAACUGAAAGUACAGAGAGGGAAGAUAAAUGACAGCAUCGUAACACUACAGGAAGCAGUUAGGCUGCUUUCAGGAAGGACAUACAUGCCACCAGGUUCCACUCUAACUUUGGCACGAGCCACUUUGAUGCUCAGCAAUCUGAGAGGAGAGAAGAGCGCCAAACUUCUGCAACUGACACAGAAACUCUUGUUGAAGCAGCUGCGUGUUUUUGAUGACAAUGUGAUGCUGGCUGAUGGAGAACUUUGUUUUUCUCCCCCUGGACUCAGCAACAUCUACCUUCCUCACAUCGACACACUGAAUGAAAUCACUUUGCAGAUUGGUUCCAUUUUGAAUCCUGGCAUUCUGGAGAGGCCUGCCCAGUCUCCACACUCUAAUAAAUAGUGCGCAUUGCAUAAGA